GGUGACGUUGGAAGUGGUGGCGGGCGGGGGCCUCCUACCGUAGUUGAGGGGACGUUGAAUGUAAGGGCCCUCGGGUCGCGUCACCAGCCAGCGACUGAGGCUUGGUGGUGGUGGUGGCCGUAGCGGCGAAGGCGGCAGCGGCGGCGACAGCUCUGGGGUUUGCGUCUCGGGGUGUGUCGGCCGCCGCUGCUGCUCGGGCCUGGUAUGUACAGAUGGCUGGUUAGGAUUCUCGGCACCAUUUUCCGUUUCUGCGACCGGUCGGUGCCCCGAGCUCGGGCGCUCCUCAAGAGGCGGCGCUCGCACAGCACUCUGUUUUCUCCAGUGGACGCUGAUGAAAUACCAGCUAAACGACCAAGACUAGAUUGCUUUAUUCACCAAGUGAAAAACAGUCUCUACAAUGCUGCCAGUUUAUUUGGAUUCCCAUUCCAGCUGACCACAAAGCCCAUGGUGACUUCUGCUUGUAAUGGAACACGAAAUGUGGCCCCUUCAGGAGAGGUAUUUUCGAACUCUUCAUCUUGUGAACUGACAGGUUCUGGAUCCCGGAACAACAUGCUGAAACUGGGUAAUAAAUCUCCUAAUGGAAUAAGUGACUAUCCAAAGAUCAGAGUGACAGUUACCCGAGAUCAGCCACGUAGAGUCCUGCCUUCCUUUGGUUUUACUUUGAAAUCAGAAGGCUAUAAUAGAAGACCAAUUGGCCGUCGCCAUAGCAGAGGCAAUUCAGAGAGUUGCUUAACGUGGAAACCUCAAGAACAGGGUAUAACAGAGAUUUCUGAAGAGUGUGGCAAGGGUCUGAGGCGUCCCCAUUGUACUGUAGAGGAGGGUGUUCAAAAAGAAGAAAGAGAGAAAUACCAAAAGUUAUUAGAGCGAAUUAAAGAAAGUAGCCAUGGGAGUUCAGUCCCUCCUGUAACUUCGUAUCAUUACAGUUCUCAAAGAAGUCAGAUGGAAACAUUAAAGACCAAAGGCUGGGUGGAAGAGCAGAAUCAUGGUGUCAGAACAACUCAGUUCGUUCCAAAACAGUAUAGAAUUGUUGAAACCAGGGGACCUUUCUGUCCAGUGAAAAGUGAAAAGAGAUGUUCAAAGGGGAAAAUUCCUGACAUUGAAAAGAUAGCUAUAAUAAGACCUGAAAUUGACAAUAAAAGAGGACAUCAGCUGGAACCUGAUCUAUCAGAAGAAGUGUCAGCCCGACUCCGCCUGGGGAGUGGAAGCAAUGGAUUACUCAGGAGGAAAAUGUCAGUAGUUGAGGCAAAAGAAAAGAAUUUCUCAGGCAAAGAGAAGGACAGAAGAACAGAUGAUCUCCUUGAACUUACUGAGGACAUGGAAAAGGAAAUCAAUAAUGCCCUAGGCCAUGGCCCACAGGAUGAGAUCCUAAGUAGUGCUUUCAAAUUGAGAAUUACUCGGGGAGAUAUCCAAACCUUAAAGAACUAUCACUGGCUCAAUGAUGAGGUCAUUAAUUUUUACAUGAAUCUUCUAGUGGAAAGAAAUAAAAAGCAAGGCUAUCCAGCACUUCAUGCAUUCAGUACUUUCUUCUAUCCUAAAUUAAAGUCUGGGGGUUACCAAGCAGUGAAAAGAUGGACCAAAGGGGUAAAUCUCUUUGAACAAGAACUUAUUCUGGUGCCUAUUCAUCGGAAGGUACAUUGGAGCCUGGUGGUGGUGGACCUAAGAAAAAAGUGUCUUAAGUAUCUGGAUUCUAUGGGACAAAAGGGCAGCAAGAUCUGUGAAAUUCUCCUUCAGUAUCUACAGGAUGAAAGUAAGACCAAAAGAAAUGUUGAUCUAAAUCUUUUAGAGUGGACCCACUACAGCGUGAAGUCACAUGAGAUUCCUCAACAAUUGAAUGGGAGUGAUUGUGGAAUGUUUACUUGUAAAUAUGCAGAUUAUAUUUCUAGGGACAAGCCUAUCACAUUUACGCAGCACCAGAUGCCUCUCUUCCGGAAGAAGAUGGUGUGGGAGAUCCUCCAUCAGCAGUUGCUGUGACAGUGCCCUGCCUGGUCCUCUUGCUGCUGGUGGUUCUUCCAUGGACAUUUCCAUAUACCUCAUGCAUCGUGGGUUAAAAAGUCCCACCUCAUUUCUGUUCGCACAGGUACUGAGCUGUCAAAAGUGCAUGAAGGCCCUCGCCCCGAGUCCCGACAGGGUAGAGGAGCUGCUUGCAACCCUCUCUGCAAGGCUGCGCCUGCUCAGAGCUGUGGACUGCUCAACCCACACAAGAACAAACCUAAUUGACAUUUUUUAUUUGUUUGUUUUAAAGAGUUAUUUCCCUAUGAAUGUGGGAAAAGCAAGACUUAUUCUAUGAAUUGUUUUUUCCUGUGUGUUUUUCAGUUAUAUUCUUUUUCUCAUUCAUUUGCAAACAUAGAGCAGUGGCCAUUUGCCAUUGUUCUUUUACAGUUAACUCGUUUGAACUAUUUAUUUCUGAAAGAAGUGUUAAUCAAACUGCCACUCCUUGCUGAAGAUCGAAAGGGAUGUCAGCAGGAGGAGGAAGGAAGUUUUAUUAACUUCUUUAACGCUGGAGUAGUUACUGCCAACUUGAAGUUAGGGGUCCUUUUUUUUUUUUCUUUCUUUUUUUUUUUUUUUUUUGAGGCUUGAAAAUGCCAGAAGAAAUGCGAAUACUGUGUGCAGGGUCUGGUCGCCUUUUGAGGAAGCCAGAUACUAUGGCGUUGGCACAUUGUCAUGGAAACAUGGCCCAGGAACGCUGGCUGUCCGCACAUGCACCUUCAGGAGUGUCACCAUCAUUUAAAAGAAGAUUUCCUUCCUGGAACUCAGCUGACCUGGCUCACUGUUGAAACUGGAUUCAAAGUAACUGUAGCCCCAAAUCUUCAUUUUUGUCCCAAGUCUGGUUGAAUAGAAACCUCAGAAUUGCAAGAGCUCUCCUGAGCUGUUUAUUUCAAAAGUUGCUAUUCAAUGUAAAGCUAUGUUUCCUCAGAGUUUUUGUUUUAAUAUAUAUUAAGCUGAAAUUAAGUUUUGUACUCAUUACCAUCCUGUCACUCCACCCCCACCACAAUCUGAAGGAGACUUAGAACUUGGCUCUGAGGUUGCCAGUUAUACAAAAUUCUAUUUUGCAUAUAAGAGUUUGUAUUUAACUUUUUUUGUUCAUUAAAAUCCUUACAAAUGUGGUUAUACAUUUUUAUUUUCAGAAAGUUUAGAGUUGGUCAGAAAACAUAUUUUGCAAGAUCUAGUGCCUAGUGUUGCUUUUCUGAUGUAAUAAAAGGUUGUCUGGCAGAACC